AUGGUCGCGCUCGUUGCUCUACUCGUUCAUCACGCACUCUCAGCCUCCAACGUCCAGACUUUCCCAUCAACCAAUUGCGAACCGGGAACAUCACUGUCGGUGUACAAUUCCGACGCGGCCGGCUCGGAGGAUCAAGACUGCAAGACGGCACCAGAGGGAACUACGGCGAUAUGGGUUGAGACCCUAGACGAGGGCUGCACAGUGCGAACCUUCUCUUCCCCGUCCUGCUCCGACAAUCUCGGCCUCGGCAUCAUACCCAACACCUGCUACUUCCGCAAUCCCUCGCCCGAUCCCGUCAUCAUCGGAUCCUGGCGCAUCGUCUGUGUCGCUCAAGAGUCGCAAAGCUCUGCUCCGUUGUCCUCGGAUGCAACCGGGACGUAUGAUGCUGCAGCAUCAGUGGCGGUAGAUGCCACGCUGGCCCCGACGCUGACGAACGCGACGACCUCAAGCACGGCAGAAACAACAACCACACCAAUGUCCCAAAACAUAACGACGAUAGUGCCGUCAGGUAGUGGAGGACUCGUCAGUAACUCUACGGGGCCGGCAACGUGGAACAACACGCUUACGCCCACCGUCAGCAGGACGUCGCUGGAAGUGAGUACUGUCACUGCGACCGCAAGCUCAGAUGAUGGCGGGAUCGGAGUCACUGGAGGCGGAACCACUGGAGGCGCAGUUAGUGGAGGUGGUAGCGGAGGGUCAGCACGGGGCAGGGGCGAGGUCGAGGCAACUAUGCUGGUCGUGAGCAGUUUGCUCGGUCUCGGCUGGGGUGCCUUGUGGUGGUGA